UCCAAAACAGAGACCCAGAAAUGGCUGGUGGGAAUUAUCAGUAUUUGUGCAUAAACACAACAAAACUACACAAAUGAAACACCAGAGAAAACCAGAGAUAAUAAUAAUCCAAACAGUCAGUGUGAAGUAGAUUGGCUGUAUAGAUCAUAAUAUGCACCUUUCUUCUUUUCUUCUUGGCUUGUUGAGCAAAUCAAAGAGCUGAUGAGUCAAACAGGAAAAGAGACCUGAUGGGAGGAGAGUGAAGAAGUGUUGAGUGUGUUUCUCAUCGGCUUGUGACACACUCGGUGCCUCCUGCGGGGAAGACAGCACAAUGACUGAUCCAAAUAUGUCCUCUUUCAUCUUUGACUUUGGCUCCAUUUAUGAAGAGCUCAACUUUACUUACAAUGACUCCGAGUUUUUCAUUGACCCUGCGACGCAACCCUGCAACCCCUUCAUCCUCCCGGACAGCGUGACCAUCGUCGUCUGCGUGUUCUACGUCUCAAUCUUCGUGUUGGCGAUCCCGGGAAAUCUGGUUGUGGGUCUGGUGAUCGGCCUCAGCAAGCAGUCGCUGCAGCCCUCUGACCUCUACCUCCUGCACCUGGUGGUGGCCGACCUCCUGCUGGCCGUCACCCUCCCGUUCUGGGCCACCUCCGUCACGCAGGGGUGGGUGUUCGGCGACGCCAUGUGCAAGAUCGUCACCGUCCUCCAGGAGCUGAGCUUCUACGCGAGCAUCCUCUUCCUGACCUGCAUCAGCAUGGAUCGCUACCUGGUGAUCGUCAGGGCGAUGGAGGCCCGCAGGGCCAACCGGCAGCUGUCAGAUAGUGUGCGCGGAGCUGUACAAUCCGAGCAGCGCCGACGAGUGGCGGCUGGCCACCAGAGUGCUCCGCCACGCGCUGGGCUUCGUCGUCCCCCUGGCCAUCAUGCUGCCUUGCUACGGGGUCACCAUAAAGCGCCUGCUGCACGUCCGCGGGGGGUUCCAGCGGCAGCGCGCCAUGCGGGUCAUCGUGUUCGUGGUGGUGGCCUUCCUCCUCUGCUGGACGCCGUACCACAUCGCGGUGAUGGCGGACACCUUCUUCCGGACCAGGAUCGUGCCUUACCAGUGCCCGGCGCGCAUGGCGGUGGACCAGGCCAUGUUCGCCACCCAGAGCCUCGGCCUGCUCCACAGCUGCGUCAACCCGGUGCUGUACGCGUUCGUGGGCCAGAAGUUCAGGCAGAGGCUGCUGCAGCUCUUGAUGAAGAUGGGCGUGAUGGAGAGAGCGUCGGUGUCCAGGAGCAGCAGGUCGUCCCUGUCUUCAGAGAUAACCUCCACCUUCAUGUGAGAACACAGAAAUGCAACCAGCGAGUUUUAAAGAGUGGCGUGGCCUUCCCUGGGGACUGCAGCAGGACAAAAGUUGGGGUCAGGAAAGCCUUUUCCCUUUUUCCCAGUAUGGAAAUCAUGUUAAAAAGAAAUACACUGAUAUUAAAGUGUAUGAUUGUUUCAAGCUCAGAUAGUGUAAAAUUUCAUCUAGCAUAAAUGUAUGCUUUCAUAUGGUGUUUGAUGCAGUGAAAAAUGGUUUUAUUGUCAUUCGUCAUGUGUUAAAGCAAAAACAUAACAGGUGCAAACAAUAAAGAAAACGAGCCACUUAUUGCAAUCAGCUGUGCUGAAGCAAGGAGACGUGGAAGGCAUGCAGAGCUGCAGGAACUGAGGGUUUGACGCCUGUGCCUCACUCUAAAAACCGCUGGUUUAGACUCUUCGAACGGACAAAUCAUUGCUGAACACAGAACCUCAAGCACUGGAAAGCAGAUUACUUCACUUCUUCUUCGCACACAUCAGCCAGCAGCUCACAGAUCAGGCGGAUGUCAUCCAACAGAUCUACUGUGUGAACAUGUUUUCAUGCUUUUUAUUGUUAUUUAACCUGUCUUCAUAUCAUCUGACACUUACUAUCUACCCCAGCCUUUUUCCUCAGUUCUGUUUAGAUUUAAGGAAACUGAAAAUAUUGCAGUAGAUUUAAAAAAAACCAACAGCCAAAUGACUCAACGCAGCUAAAAGCUGUUGGAAAUGCCGUUGAAACAUUUCUCUGUUAGUUUGUGAAAUAUUUGCUGUCUUAUCAAAACUGCACCUUAACAGAUCUCCUCAUCAAUUUGUAAUGUGUACAGGCAUAUGUGAGAGUCUUUUUUUUUUUUAAGCUUUUGUAUAUUUUACUGAAGGCAGCUGGUUGUCUUUCACAAGCUAAACAUAGCUUUAAGUUUCUUAA